GUUAUGUUUUGUUGUUGUUGCUUUUUCUGCAAAAUAUCCUCUAAGAAGCCUUAAAAAUAUGCGGAAUUAACACUUGGCACUUCGUCAACAGAGAGAAGAGCAGGGACCGUGUCUUCAGAGGAUUCCAGAGGUGUGCCAUUAUGGAGAGAACAUUUUGCCUCUGCUGGAGGGUGAAAGUAGCUCUGUGGAUAAGCUAUAAGGAGGACUUGUGGAGAAAUGCAAGUACAGUACCCCUGCUAUGCUGGCUGAGGGUGAAGGCAUGGCCGGUCCCUCGCUGUGUGCUGCCACCACGGCGGCCUCUCCGGACCUGCACAAGGUGCCCGGCUUGGGAGAGAGUAAAACCACACCCUGCUCCUUUUCAAUUGAGAGUAUAUUGGGACUGGAGCAGAAAAAAGAUGGCAUUCCAGCUGGGAAACCUCACAGACCUUGGAUGGAUGCAUGCACCAGCCUGGCUCUCCUUUUCUUGCUCUUUCUAGUUUUAGGUGAUGACAGUAAUCCCCAUCUGCAAACCCCUGUUGUUUGCUAUGAAAAUCCAUUAUUUCAUGCUAGAAGUGAUCCAGUGCAAGAGGAAAACGUUUUGAAAUGUGAAAAAUAUUUUUCAGUUACUGAAAGGCUGUCUUUCAAACGAGAAUUGAGCUGGUACAGGGGUAGAAGACCAAGAACUGCAUUCACUAGAAACCAGAUUGAAGUCUUGGAAAAUGUUUUUAAAAUGAACUCCUACCCUGGCAUUGAUAUUAGAGAAGAAUUAGCUCGCAAAUUAGAUUUAGAUGAAGACAGGAUCCAGAUCUGGUUUCAGAACCGUCGUGCAAAGCUGAAAAGAUCACACAGAGAAUCUCAGUUUCUAAUGGUGAAAAAUACUUUCACCUCCAGCCUGCUAGAGUAGAAGGAAGGAUGGCUUGCUGUUACAGUACUGCUACAGAAAAUGAAGAAUUAUUCAUAACCUGUAUGAAGUAAUGAUAUAGUAAUUAUGAUAUUAUGACCAGAUAUGAAAGUUUACUAUAAUUUUCAUUCAAAUAAACUGUAAAUACUUGAAA